AAAUUAGAUCUGGAUCGAGUCAUGAUAGUAGUUGGGUACGUUCCUUUAUGUGCAGCUGCUGCGCGGAGCCAGGCAUGCAUCUACUUGGUUGGAUUAGGAGUAAACACCUAGCAGAUAGCUCCAGGUCUUCUUCCAGAAAUGGGUGAUCAAGAAAGUGAUAUUGAAGACCUGGAGCGUGCUUUUAAUGAUGCAAGCGCACAGGCAGCCAGGAUAUCAUAUGGAGCUCUAAGACUCAUUACCCAAAAUUUUGCUCUAGUUAUUGGUUCUGGUGGCUUUGGAUCGGUUUACUUGGGCAAACUUCAAAAUGGUGGUAUCAUUGCUGUGAAGAAGCUUUCCUCACAGACCGAAGAUUUUUCUAAUAAGCAAUUUUUGGCCGAAGUUGAUGUUCUAAGAAGGUUAAAUCACAAAAAUAUUGUAAGAUUUCUAGGGUAUUGUGCAGAUGCACAUGGGGAAGUGAUGGAUGUGGAAGGAAAAUUAAGAAUUGUUGAGGAACCACAGAGGCUACUCUGCUUUGAGCAUGUCCCUAAUGGAAACCUCGGCCACUAUAUUAAAGAAAAGUCUUAUGGGUUUGAAUGGAGUAUGCGUUAUCAAAUAAUUAAGGGAAUAUGUCAGGGUUUGCAAUACCUUCAUCAAGAACGCAUUUACCAUUUGGAUCUGAAACCAGAGAAUGUGUUGCUUGGUGCUCAAAUGGAGCCAAAAAUUACAGAUUUUGGUUUGUCCAGGUGCUUUGUUGGGCAGAAAUCCACAAUAAUCACUAGUAACAUACAGGGAACAAUGGGAUAUAUGGCACCAGAAUUGAUAGACAACCAACAAAUAUCAUUCAAGGCAGAUAUAUUUAGUUUCGGUGUUACACUUGCAAAAUUACUCUUGCAGAGCAACGAGCCAUUAACCCAAAAUUGGCACCAAUCAUUAGAUGAAGACUGCCCACAAAUGAAAAUGUGCGUUGAAAUAGCACUGCGUUGUAUGAAAUGGGACCCAAACAGCAGACCUACAAUCGAUGAGAUACUUCAUCAGCUUAACAAGACAGAAAUAAUGUUUCAAAAGGUUAGAGAAGUAUAUGAGCCGAGCAAGGACCCACAAUCUUCAUUGUUCAAGAUUCUGCAAAGAUUCCAUAAAUUGUCAGCACAAACUCCUCGCAAACAGUCCAGGGAUUCCGGGCUUCUGUCGGACGGAGAGACACCGAGCCGUAGCAGCAGCAUCGCGGACGGAGUGAGCCGUGGCAGCAUCGCCACCUUAACUCCAUACAGGCCGGCGUUGCCACUGGACAUCUUCUCGUGCCCGAUCCCCCCAUCCUCAUCCGAUGGCGAAAACAACGAGAUAAGCCUCACUGAUGGCGUCUCAUACAACCACAACUGCCGAUCCAUCCCGGCGGUGGCGCUCAACGCACUCAUUGCCAAGAAACCGGAGCUGGCCUCGGAGUGCGGCGCCACUGCAGAUGACGUGGAUAACGGCCGCGCCACCGGCCUGGUGUUCGUCUCGGAGAGGGACGGCGGGCUGGAGACACUUCAUGUGGCCCUGCGCUGCAACGGCAAGGUGAAGGUGCUGAGCCUGGCCGACAUCUACGGCGCCGACAACUUUGGUGGCGUGCGCAUGGAGGACACUGGCGGUUUCGGCACCAGCUUCGUGGGUCACUACGCCGACCUCUCCAUCAUCUACGUCUCAACAAAGACGAGGGUUGGUGUUCGCCGAACCCCUUGGACGGCGGUGUACCGGACCAACCUCAGGACCGGCGAGACCAAGCGACUCACUCCAGACGGGCAGUCUGAUCUGAGCCCCGCUGUCUCACCGUCGGGGACGAGGGUGGCGGUGGCCAGCUUCCAGUCCGGGUGGACCGGCGAGAUCGAGCACCUCAAGACCGACAUCGUCCUGAUGAACGUGGACAGGUACGCGAGCGGUGGGAGCCUGGACCGCAAGCCCAUCGUAAACGACGGCGGCUGGCCUUCCUGGGGCAGCGACAACAUCAUCUUCUUCCAUCGAGGGAUCGAAGAGUUGGAGGACCCUGCCAGCGGCAGGAGCAGGACGGCAACAAGCUGGGGCGUGUUCCGGUAUGACCUCAGCACUAUGCAGAUCGACCGGGUCACGCCGACGGGCAUGGACGCGAUGACUCCGGCGGCAAUCAGUGAGACCAAGGUGGCCGUUGCAACCAUACGAUCGAGGACCAACGACUACUUCAUGACUAACUGGCGAGGGGAGGAACAAUACCGCCACAUCGAGAUCUUUGAUGUCAGCUCGCCCGACCAACCGCCAGUGAAGAUCACCCAGAACAUAUUCACCGAUGCGGACUACUACAGCCCCUUCGUGCUUAACGACGGCAGCCGCAUAGGCUACCACCGUGUCGGAAGGGACACAAUGAUCCAGAAGGAUAAUGGAAACAGCAACGUGCCGAGGAUUUUCGACAAUAUGCAGUCUCCCCACGUCGACGUGAAGUUGUUCAGGGUUUCGAGCCUUGUUCCCUCAUUCUCUGCCGACGGCUCGAAGUUCGCGUUCGUAAGAAACGACAUGAAGAACAUUUGGAUCGCCGACAAGCAACGCCUGUGCUUGCUGCAGGUGUGCAGCUCACCAACAUGCAUAUUCUCUUUAGUGUGGAACCAGAACCCAGAUAUGGACACACUCUAUGCCUGCGUCGUCGCCGGCGCCAACCGCUCCAUGCAUAUCAAAGCCUUGUCCAAUGUGUCAAGCUCCGAUUCAUACGUUGUCUUUAUUCAACUCACAAAAGGUGACUUCUUCAAUGCCUACCCAUCCACUAACCCUGAAGGGACCAAGGUCGUCUUCCAGUCGACGAGGGAUCAUGGCGACUACGAGUACAAGAACCUGUACAUCAUGGAGGACGCCCAGAUUGGGGAGUUCGGGGAGGGGUCUGUGACGCGGCUCACGAAUGGACCGUGGAUCGACACCCAGUGCCAGUGGUCACCCAGGGGGAACUGGAUCGUCUUCUCUUCCACACGCGACAAGCCGGCCGCCGCACCCGAGAACUACAACGAACUUGACCCUGGCCACUUUGCCAUCUACCUGGUGAACGCCGCCGAUCCCACGGUGGUCGUGAGGGUGGUCACGAGUGGGGACCCCGGACCCGGUGCGAGCAGCAUCGCCGGGCACGUCAACCACCCGGUGUUCAGCCCGGACGGCAGGAGCAUCGCGUUCACUUCCGACAUCGCCGCGGUCUCCGCCGAGCCCAUCUCCAUGCCCAUGGCCUCGGUCAUGGCCUCGGUCAGGCCCUACGGCGAUAUCUUCUCCGUCGACAUCGACCCCGACGACAUCUGCAGGAACAAGGACAUCGACAGGGUACACCGCGUCACGCACAGCCGAUACGAGUACUCCACGAACGCCUGGACCAAGUUGACACCGACAAUCCCGCGCAUUCCAUUGGACCAUAUGAUGUCCACUAUGUAGUGUCUUCAAACCUCAGUUAUGUAGUUAUUUUUUUAAAUGAAGCACAAUAAAAUGUCUCCUAUCUGACAAGCAGUGUGUUUUUUUGCCCUAAGGAGCUGCAUGAGUUUUCCAACUAGUUACAAGAACCUGCUGAACAUUUGUAGCCUUGAAACUGGAUAAACUUAAUGCCCGCCACGAGCCCAAGGUUGACAGAGAUAUC